CCACACCUUCAAAGGCCGGCCCUCAGAAUCGUCCUCAGAAGCGCCGAAGACUAUCCAGAAGCUGGGAGAGGCGGCGUCAGAGCGGAGACAGGACUGCGUUGAGAAGGACGUCGGAGGGACAUCCAGACUGCUGACCCAGGCUCAGAAGAUCCAUCAGCAUCCAGCAUGGCUACGGCAAGCACCUCAGGACAAAGCCCCUUCGGACUGGGCCGGAGGAAGAGGGCACCCGGGAUCCUGGAUCAGAUCGGAAAGUUCUUCGGAGGAGAUAAGAAGAAGAGAGGAAAGGGCUCAUUCCGGGGUCACCUGUCAUCCUCACCCCAAAGACCCAUGCACUCCUCCAGCCGACGCCGCGGGGACGUGAACCCCGUCCUGCACUUCUUCAGGAGCUUUGUGUCCUCUCCUCGUCCUAAGUCGAGGUGGAGGGAACUCUUGGGCCUGGCUUCGCCAUCGACGCGGGGCUCCGAGAGUAUCAGAUCCCCCCACAGACGCCGCCGAGAACAGAACACACUCUCCAGAAUCUUCAGCCUGGGAGAAAGCAGAUCCCGUUCUCCACCCAAACGCUGGAGCACCAUCUUCUGAGACGGGAAAGAGCCAGACGGAAGAGACGGAAAAGGACGAGGAAGUGAAGGAAGAUGCAGAGGGUUUCUGCUCUACUGACUCACACCUUGCUACGAGCUUAACAAACUAACAUCGGCCAACUCCGCUAGUCAGACAGAUAUACAAUCUCGGUAUCUGCAAUUACACGCCCCGGAAUGAUACAAGGCAGCUGCUAGAAACAUCAGAUGCACCAAUAACUGCUGUUGGGUUGGUCAGUAAUCUUGUGGCCAGUUUCUAGUGGUCUAGUUGUUGGUUUUACUCAAGUUUCAAGACACACUUUGGCAACUUUGGAUAGCAAGCAUGCUAGAAGUAGGAUAUGUCAGAUUUAGCAGGUCAAAACAGCAAAUGCAAAGAUAGCAGUAAUUCCAAAGCUACAGAUCCCAAUCCAGCAAUUUUCCUUAUUUAAAGAUUCCAAAUUAUCAGUGAUCCCAGUCUAUCAGAGACCAUGUGCUACAGAUCAAAAAAUGGAGGGAUCCCAAGCUACAGAUCCCAAUCUAGCAUUGAUCCCAAACUAGAGAUCCAACUCUAGCAUUGAUCCCAAUAUACAGAUCCCAAUCUAGCAUUGGUCCCAAACUACAGAUCCCAACUUAAGCAGUGAUUCCAAGCUUCAUAUUCCAAUCUAGCAAUGAUCCCAAGCUACAGAUCUCAAUCUAGCAUUAAUCCCAAGCUACAGAUCUCAAUCUAGCAGUUAUCAAAAGCUACAGAUCCUACUCUAGCAUUGAUUCCAUGGUAUAUUUCCAAUCCUAGCAAUGAUCCCAAGCUACAGAUCUCAAUCUAGCAUCAAUCCCAAACUACAGAUCUCAAUCUAGCAGUGAUCCAAAGCUACAGAUCCUACUCUAGCAUUGAUUCCACCAUAUAUUUGCAAUUCUAGAAUUGAUUCCAAGCUACAGAUCCCAAUCUAGCAGUGAUACCACCAUACAGAUCCCAAUCUAGGACUGAUCCCAAGCUUUAGCUCCAAGUCUAGCAUUGAUCCCAAGCGACAGAUCCCAAUCUAGCAGUGAUCCCGCCAUACAGAUCCCAAUCUAGGACUGAUCCCAAGCUUCAGAUCCAACUCUAGCAUUGGUCCCAAGCGACAGAUCCCAAUCUAGCACUGAUUCCACCAUAAAGUUCCAAUCCUAGAAUUGAUUCCAAGCUACAGAUCCCACUUUAGCAUUGAUCCCAAUCUCAGAAACUGCAAACCUGCAUCUUUGAGCCCAUUUCAGUUUAAAUAUUGGGAAAAUUAGCAGUUGACUUGGCCGCCACUCUUGAUCUGACGUCAACAGAUCUCAAUAGUCUCUGUCUCCGUUUCAUCCCAGCUCGCUUCCAUUCUCUGUCUGUCUCUGUUCUUAUCAGAGACAUAUUUACGUAAGUGUAUUUGCCUUUGAUGCAUAUAUUAUUCAGUAUAUCCUGUUACAUCAUCACCUUUAAUCCAUGUAAUACUGUGAGAAGUGUCCCCUGAAGCAUGGUUAUUAUUAUGGUUAUUUUAAAUAUAUAUGUGUAGCAUAUCUGUGGAUAGUCCUGUUUUUUUUUUUUUCGUGUCUUGUAAAGUGUCCUGCUGUGUACAGUUAGUUUGUUUCUUCUGUGUUGUGAUCUAUGAUCUAUGAUCUGUGUUGGACUGUGUUUUGAGCUACUUAAAAAUGGGUUUAUAUUCUUAACACUCAUUUUUUGUAUGCAUGUAUAUUUUUAAUAUGUGGCAAAGUGGUUUGAAACAUGAUCAAGUUAGUUAUGCAACAUGUACUAAAAUCAAAAGUCUUUGAAAUAGAAAGAAAAGAAAGCAGCAUCCAAGGCCCUUAGAUUGCACUGAUUGCUUGGUGGUUCAUGCUAUUAUAUCAUUUAUGUUAUUCAUAUACUGUAUGUUUAAUAUAUUUACUGGAAUACGCUUCAAGUAUUGAUUAGUGAUUGCAUGUGCAUGCCAUAACUCACUAAUCCAUAACUCAUAAAACACUAGAAAGGCAGAAAUCUGGGUUUCUAAGAGCUUCAAAGGUAGUGAAGGUGUGAGAAAAGUGAAGAAAAGUGCAAGAAAGAUCAGAGAAAGCAGAAUUUAAAGAACGGAAAGUGAAAGAAAAGAGGGAGGUGGAUUUAAUUCAGCCAAUGACAGACGAGCUCCUGUUCAUAACUUGAUGUCCUGAUAUCGUCAUUUUGUGUAUCGUUUUGUUUCUCAUAUAUAUAUUUCGUGUUUCUCAUUCUCAAAAGUGCUGAAUCUCUACAAUAAAUGUCGGUUCCACUCCCCAUCAGCGCUGGAUACAUCCCGAAUGGUGCUAAAAGAACAUUUUAGAGUGGCCAUCGUUCUAGAUUGUGAACUGUAAUACUGCUAACUACCUUAUUUCUUACAUAACAUCCAAUAAAAAAUCAUUCAAUAUA